AUGAACGAAAAUGUUCUUGUUUAUGAUGAGUCGAGCAUAAAUGAAUCGAUUGAAUCCCAACAAUCGGCAAACUUCACCGACUCUGAGGACUCCGAUGACAGUUUUAUUAAUGAAGAAACUCUUCCACAAAAAGAGCAAGCGAUUAGAAAAAUAGAAUUCGCUCUGGCCGAUAUAAACGAUCAGAUCGAACGAAACGAAAAAACUCUGAUAUUAAGAACUUCUUAUGAAAAGUCGCAUUUUUCCAUCCGUUAUUCGUCACACAGAAAAAAGAAAUUGGAUCGAGAUCUGCAUUGCCUUCACCAAGUGUAUGACUUACUGGAAAAUGACAAGAAAUCAACAAAACGGGAACUGUUUUACGAACAUAAAGCAAUUUAUGAAGCACAAAGAAACCUUGACAGCUCGAUUCGAUCGAUUUGUGAACUAUUGAAUGAAAGUCGAGCUAAUUUGAACGUGCUAGCAUGUGGCCGUGGAAUUCUUCGGGGCGCGAUUACAUUUCUAGUUGAGGAUGUGGGAGUGAUUGAUGGUAGAAUUCAAGAUGUUUUAAUAACAGACUCUCUUCUAUUCUCGGAUCAAGUAUCAGAGGCAGAAUUCGUUCUUGUUGUUGAAAAAGAUACAACAUUUCAAAAGCUGAUUGAUGAAAAAUUUCAAAUAAUGUUUCCUCGAGGAAUUCUUGUAACAUCGAAAGGAUAUCCGGACAUAUCUACUCGAAAUGUUCUGAAAAUGCUUGGUGAAAAACGGAAAUUGCCAAUAUACGGAUUGUUUGAUGCAGACCCGCAUGGGAUAGAAAUCUACUUGACGUACAAAUAUGGAGCUGCGAAGGAAACGGCUGAGGGACGCGGAGCUUUUGUUUCGUCAAUUCAAUGGAUAGGAUUGUUUCCAACCGAUUUCAAACGGUUCUUUAUUGAUCCAUCCCAAUGUCUUCCACUUCUUCGUUCAGAUUUCGUCAAAAUUGAAAACAUGAUUCCACGUUCGAUUCAACUCGGUGAAUGUUUAGUCACUCGCGAACUCGAUUGGAUGAUUCAAAAUGCUUUCAAACUUGAGCUCGAAUCUAUCAACAUGUGUGGCCCAGAGUAUAUGGGAAAGUAUUUGAUUGCUCCUAGAGUCCGGUCUUGGAAAGAACCAAUGUUUGAACAGAAACCCUACGAACAAAUGAUGGAACAAAGUUUGAAUACAAUCUCGCCUGAUUCGCAGAAUUUGGAGUUUUCGAUACGCAGAGAUGAAGCUGCAGAAAUUUUUAAAGACUGCUACAUCGAUUCGGACACUGAAAGAUUGAUAGACGACGUCAUAGAUAAUGACAGCGAUUGA